AUGCUUGGCCAAAAGCGAGAUCGAUCUGAAAAAUCAUCCAACGAAUCCCUUAUAAAUUCCUUCAUCCGGCGCAGGCCAAAUAAAGACGAAAUCAGAGCUGCUUGACUUGAUUGUAUUUCGACCAAAAAUUACUCCUUGCUCUAUCAAGCAUUAUCAGUUUAUUCACAAAUCAGUAUUGGCAACUUUUUCCUCAAAGGAGGCAAGCCAAUCCUUCACGAAUCAUUAUUCCGCUGCGGCGACCUUCUGCCUCUUCGAAUUCUUAUAGAAAAAGUCCCCAAAAAUAUUAUAUUAGCAGUCUUCAAAGAAAACAAAUUUUCUCUAUUGAAAAAUUUUAUAAUAAAACAAAGCACAAAACGAGACCCCGAGGACGAAAAAUUUGGCUUCCAAAAGCUCAAGCUGCUGAUAAAUAUUGAUAAGCCGAAAUUUAAAAAAAAAAUUGACGUGUAUUUACAUGAUCCAGACAUAAAUUGAAUGAUUUCAGCUAAUAUGAAGAAAUUUUUAGAAGAAGAAAUGGAGGACGAUUGUGUAUGCUUGGAAGAUGAAGAAAUAAUAGAAAUUUGUUCAUCUAGAAAGAGCGUCUAUGAAGUAAAGAAAAGCGAAGAUAUAGUAGAAGUGUAUAUGAAGAAGAAAAAAAUAAUGAACAAUGUGCUAAAUAUUGAUUUGUAA